GCCGGGCCGGGCCAGGUCACGUCGAGCCGGGCCGCGCCGCGCCGCAUCGCGGCCAUGGCGGGCGCGGAGCGGCUGGAGGACCUGGAUCUCAGCGCCGAGGAAGUGAAGCGGCUCCAAGAGGCCUUCCGCGACGAGCGGUUCCGGGAGCUGCUCGCCGACUACGCGGCGGAGCUGGCCGACCCGGAGCAGCGGCGGCUGUACGAGGAGGAGGUGACGGCCCUGGAGCGGGAGCGCGGCGUGGAGGUGCGCUUCAUCCACCCCACGGCGGGCUACGUGCUGCGCACCAGCCAGGCCGGCACCCGCCGCUGCUACCUCAACGUCUGCAGCAACCCGCAUCUGGGCCGGCCGCAGCCCCGCGCCGCGCCCGGCGGCCUCCACUGGGCCCUGCCCUACUGCCUGGCGCCGGGCCGCGAGGAGCUGGGCCGCGGCGGCGGCCGCCGCCUCAUCUACGACGUGGUUUUCCACCCGGAGGCGCUGCGCCUGGCCGCCCGCAGCGCCCGCUUCCGCCGCCUGCUCAGCGACACGGCGCUGGAGGCCGUGGAGCGCCGCUUCGCCGUGCAGCUCGACCGCGCCAACGCCACCGUCCUCCGCGGCGCCAAAUACAAGGGCGCCCCGCAGGCGCCCGUCAUCCGCAGCCCGCUGCCCGGCGGCCCCCCGCCGCCGCCGCCCGGCGACCACGGCGACUCCCCGCUGCCGCCCUUCCCCUACCCCUGCCCCGCCGCGCCGCCGCCGGCCCCGCCCGCGCCCCCCGCCACCGCCGCCGCCGCCGCCCGGCCCGCCAGCCCCACCACGCCGCGCUGGAGCCUGCGGCAGCGCUGCUACGUGGACCUGCAGGACUACCGCUGCUGCCGCGACGCGGCGCCCAGCCCCGUGCCCCGCGAGCUGGUGCUGACGGUGGAGCUGCCGCUGCUGCGCUCCGCCGCGCAGGCCGCGCUGGAGGUGCGCGGCCGCCAGCUGCGCCUCGACUCGCAGCGGCCCGCCUACCGCCUGCGCCUGCGCCUGCCCUACGCCGUGGACGAGAGCCGCGGCCGCGCCGCCUUCAACAAGGCCAAGCGGCAGCUCCUCGUCACGCUGCCCGUGGUGCCGCCGCCCGCGGCCGAGGAGCGGCGCGGGGAGGCCGAGCCCGCCGCUGCCGAGGCGGAGGAGCCGCCCGCGGGGGCUGAGGCGGGCGGCGGUGCAGCUCCGCCGGCAGCACCGGGCCCCGGCAGCGCGGCCCCGGCCACGUGCGGCCGCCCCGAGCCCCCCCAGCGCCCCGCCGCGCCGCCCGAGCCCGGCGGCUCCGGCGGGGACCCUCCUCCAGGCCCUCCUGGGAGCGAGGCCCUGCCGACAGCCCCCGCGGACAUGGCUCUGGCGCCAGGCUGCGCGGCUGGCAGCCCCGGGGCUGCCCUGUGCCCUCCCUUCCAGUGCCACCAGGACGAGGCCUCCAUCACCCUGCUGCUGCUCGUGCCCGACAUCCUGCCCCAGAGCCUCAGUGGCGACCUGGGUGCCAACCACUACCACCUCCGCUUCUCCAGCCACUCCGGGUCCUACGCCCUCUUCCUGCAGUUCCCUCCAGAGAACAGGUUGGCUUCCCCGGAGACCAGCAUUGACGUGUCUGCCCACAACGCUGUCAUCACAUUUGCCAAAGCCCCCAGCAGCACCGGGCCCUGGGAGAAGCUCUGCUUCGGCCUCGACGCCUCCGCGCUGCAGGAAAGACUGUUUGUCAGUGAAGAAAAUGUCAAUGGAUUUCUAGACACUGUUUUAUGCCCUUCCUUUUGCAAACAGUCACUACUGGAAGGUCAGCCAUUAAUUGAAGUACUUGAUGUUACUAAGGACAAAAGUCAAAUCAGGUUACAGCCGCAGGAGGCGGCUCAUUCUGAACGAGGGGAAAAAGAACAAGCAGUUAACAGCCCAGGAAGAGAUCGUGCUGAGAAGACGAACGGCACCGACCUCCAAAAAACAACAGAAAGUAACUGUACUGCAGCUGACACCACUGAAGAACAACGUGCUACGGAAACCAGCACCACUUCCACAUCUUUUGUACCAGCUGAAACAAUAGGAAAAGUAGGUUGUAGUUCACACCAUUGUUCACAGCUUGAACCUUCUGACACCAGUUUAGCAAUUCUUGAAAAAUCUAAGGGCAAUGAACCAGAUUUAGACUGUGCUUUCACAACAGCUGAAACGGCCGUGACCGCAGGCUCAGAACAAGCAGGCCUCCGUUCGGAAGGGCAGGCAGAAGCGGAAGGGGGCGAAGCGGCUGCGCGUGCGGAGCCUGCGCACGCCGAACAACGUAGUUCGGGCUGCGGGCCAGCUCCGCCGGUUCUCCGAGAAGUGAACGCGCGGGACGGAAGUGUGCAGGUCAUUGGGGAUCACACAACUCACUGUGCGGUCACUUUUCAGAAUUCUUUGUUGUAUGAGUUGGAUUAAUGUCAGUAUUCUGGGAUUUCGGUCUGUUCAGUGCUUACUGUGACUUCCACGUGCUGCUCUAGCUCUUCGGGGCUAAGAGCAGAGAACAGGUUCCUGUUUAAACUGUCUUGUUUACAUGUCAAUUUAAAAUACUUACUCUGUUACUGUUUUUUAAGUUAAUAAGUCUGACUUUAAUACAUUUUAUGGGCUGAAAUGUUCACUUACAAGAAAAGAAUGUGCAGUUGAGUAGUUAAUAUGAGGUAAAUUUGAGCUCCUGGAAGAAAAUGCAUCUUUAUUAUUUAUAUAAUUUUCUUAAUCUGUUGGUAAAUUACAUACACCAUUUUAAUAUAUAUAUUUUUUCUAAUGAUUCUCAAUAAUUGCUGUAUUUAGUCCACCUAGAAAUAAGCAGUAUUCAUCAUUUUUCAAAACAUUCAUUUUGUGGUUAACUGUAGGAUUAGUGCCAGUGAUUUUUAGCAAUCAUCAAAUGAAAUUUCUAAUUAUAUGGAGAAGUUCUAAUUAGUCUGCUAGAAAUGAUCAACACUUACACCCUGUGUUCUAUCCUAGUGCAUCACUUUAGAUACACAGUAUCCAAACAUACCCGUCUGCCCGUCAAAGGCACAAAAUCAAUUCACAAUAAACAUUUCAUCUGUUCUUGCAAGUAUUUACAGUUUGUAAAACAGAUUCAAUUUAUCCAACCUGGCCCUACAUUUCUAAACUGGCUGUUCAUGAUCUCUGGUUUGCUGUUUCCUAGUUCAUGCAUCUCUGAAGUGCAAAAACCAAAAGGCUGUAUCUAAUAAUAAUAAUAAAACUUUCAGUUCCCUUUCCUA